CUCCUCUGCUCGCGCCUUGUCGUUUACGUGUGGGACAGGGAAGGUCUAAAGCUGCAGCGGGGAGCAACAUGCAGAAGCGAUGAGGUGUCUAAAGUGCGGCACAGGGGAGAGCUGAGAACGGAGGCAGCGGGAAGAGGUGUGGGCUUAGCGUGUGCCCCGCAGCGGGAGAGGCAGACCCCUGCGGCGGAGAGAUGCGCAGCGAGGGCAGCGGGUCCCGUCCCCGGGCUUUGCCCGGGGGUCUUCGCCGCCGCUCCCGCCUCCUACCCGCGUAGGGGCUGAGCCGGGCGCGGCCCGGCCCCUCCUCCCCGGAGGACGGCCCCUGCCGGCUCCCUCCCCUCCGGCCCGGCAGCUGGACCCGGGCCACUCGCUUGGGGCCGGGCGGUGGAGCCAGCCGGGCGCCCCGCGGACGCCGACGGAGCCGGGGAGGAUGCUGGCGGCCGCGGCCCUGUGCGCUGCCGCGCUGGGCUGGGCUGCGGGGGCACGGCUGCUCAGCGCAAUGGACAUAUCCCUGAGAAGAGGACAGACAGUUUGCCGGGGUGGAACACAGCAACCAUGCUACAAAGUAGUUUAUUUUCAUGACGCUUCACGCAGGAUCAGCUAUGAAGAAGCACACCUUGCCUGCAGAGCUGAUGGCGGACAUCUAGUCAGUAUUGAAACAGAAGCAGAGCAAAGACUGAUUGAAAAAUUUAUUGAGAGUCUCUUAGCUUCUGAUGGAGAUUUUUGGAUAGGGCUUAGGAGGAAAAAGGAGGAGGUAGACAAUAGUACAGAGUGUCAGAACCUCUACUCCUGGUCAGAUGGCAGCUCAUCCAAGUUCCGGAACUGGUAUGUAGAUGAGCCAUCCUGUGGGAGUGAAAUCUGUGUUGUGAUGUACCACCAGCCAUCUGCCCCACCAGGUGUCGGAGGUCCUUACAUGUUUCAAUGGAAUGAUGACAGAUGCAACAUGAAAAAUAACUUCAUUUGCAAAUAUUCUCUUGAGAAGCCAACGAAUGCUCCAAUAGAGAAUUCUCAAAGAGAUGUUGCAACAGAGCCCUUGAAUCCAGUAUUCCCAGAAGAACGCCGUAAGAAAGAUGCUAAUGUAACAGUUGUAGAAGCCAAAGAACCUGUUCAGAGUCUUGCCUACAUCCUUAUUCCCAGCAUUCCUGUGCUGCUUCUCCUGAUGGUCGUUACAGCCAUCUUCUGGUUCUGGCUUUUUGCGAAGAGGAGACAGGAGCAAAUAGAUGCAAGCCCAAAGGAGGAAGAUGCAUGGCUGUCUAACCCCAGGAGGAACAGUCCAAAUCUGGAUAUUUACAAAGUAAUCAAGAAGCAAUCAGAAGCAGAUCUGGCUGGAACCAGGCCUGGUGCUAAGAAUUCUUCCUUCCGUACACAGGAAGAUAAAGUGCUUGACAGCCUCUCCAGGGAUUAUGACAAUGCAGCAAUGAAUACAUCAAUGAGCGGCUUUGUGACAUUGGCCAGUACUGAAAGUGGCUUUGUGACCAAUGAUAUCUAUGAGCUGUGUGGAGACCGUGUGGGGAGGAGCAAGGAAUCAGGCUGGGUGGAGAAUGAGAUUUAUGGGUAUUAAGGAAAUGGACAAAAAAAGCCUGGAAUAUGGAUGACAGUGAAUAUCAGUACAAGUUAGCCUGCCCUCCCUAUGCACUUGUUUAAAUUAUAGUGUAUGUGAUUAUCCUGGUUUUGCAUUGUCCCUAUAUUCUUCUCUUUUUUUGAAAGAAUGUGGGUUUUUAAAGAUCCAGACUGAAAAGAAUGUAUAUAUUUUGCUUUGCAUCAAGCCCCCUUUUGCCCCAGAAAUGGCUUGUUAAUACUCUCGGUUCUUUUUUGUACUCCAAAGAUAUGCCUUUGAAACUAAAGGACAAUCCAAAAUUCCCAUUUAUUUAACUCACCUACUCAUCUUCAAAGGUGUUAAAAGUCAAAAGUCAAUCACUGGUCGCACUUGGAUUCUCAUAGGUGCCCCCAAGAAAGCUGCCAUGGUUGCAGGUUGGUCAUUGUUUCCAUGUCAGCCCACAUCCCAGCUGUGUUGGCCUCUCUCACCAUUUACCUAUGACGCUGACAGGCACUUCACAAAAAGGAGACUAGUGUGGUUUCUGCUUCUAUCCCUCCCUUCUAGUUCCUACGGCCAAGGCAGUGUAUGUGAGUCACAGCACAUAACUGUGUGUUACUUACACCAUUAGGUUGGUUUUUAAAGAAUCCCAGUAAGUGCUUUGGUGUCAUAAGGCUAACUGUGUUCCCUCACUUACCCUCUGGCAAAAGGAAUUGCAAAACCAGGAACAAGGGACUUCUCUGCAAUGCUAAAGGAAGAGAAUGGGGUACUCCAAAGCAUUCUGAUUGGUCUCGGGAGUUACAGCAGCCUGUGACAUGUACUGAAUUCCAUGAAGACUGACAUCCUGAUAUUAAUCCCCAUAGAGAUGGAAUUUAUUUAUUCCAUAGAGAUGGAAUUUAUGAAAUGGUAUGUGAAGGUAAAGAAUUGGAUUAAAAACAGCAUUUUGACAGGUAAACUAAAGUAUCAAGCUAAUCAGUUAUAAUAAAUUAUCUGUUGUCUAUUUACAGGGACUUCACAUAUCCCAGUACAUAGAUUAAAUAAGUAUUAAGGUGAGGUACUGAGGAUAGUUCAUGGAAUUUCCUCUCUGUCAGCGUGAGGGAAUAUCUUAUUUUACCAUAGUUUUGAAGCCAAUAUUAGAUACCUCCCAUUUUCCUGCACCUUUGGAGGAGAAGAAAUGAAUGGCAGCAGGGCAUAGCAACUGCCACACAACAAAGUAUAAAUUCAGGUGACAUGAGAAUUUUCCUGUUAGAUAUGGGGAACAAGCAAGAAUAUGAAGGAACACCAUUUAACUCGGAAAGAAUUCACAGUCUGUAGUUCGCUGCUUGACUUCUAAGGGAAAGAGACAAGAGAUGAUGCUCGACACUGAGGUUUUUUUCAGAUCAUUAUCUCUGUUUCUCUGUUAUUUGCAGCACAGUUAAUAAAGUUGUUAAGGAGCUAGGAGAAACCAAGAGUAUGCAUUUGCCAUGGAAGUGGUAUGAAGGAUCUGUCCAAUUGUCUGCAGAAGCAACUUCAGGCUGGAGUUUUAUCCUCUCUAAGGUGUAUAAGGAGCAAGAGUAGGCUAACAGGAUAUUCCAAGAGUUACACUGAAUUUAAUUUCUCUAUUGAACUGAGAAUGUAUAGUUAUUUUAACCGACUAUACUUAAAUACAAGAUUUCUGGUGCAGAAAGUUAAGAACAGCAGUGAUGAACUAUUUAUUCCAAGAUAAACUGAAUUUAACUUGGUCAUUGGUAUGUUUUAAGGCCUUUUGAAGCACACUGCAGGAGAUCACUUGCAUCACAAGAAUAAGGAAUAUGUAUUGGAAAAAAGAGAAGGGUGGUCCCAUGCAUCUUUUUUCACAGCACUGUCUUUUCUGCUUGGGAGGGUAAUGUCAUUUAUCACUGAGAAUGCAGAAAGGCAACUAAAUGAAAAGUUGGGUGCCUAGCUUUAAACUGUGCUUGCCUAACUGUGGUUUGGUGAAGAGAUACCUAGAGUUACCCACAGCAAGUUGAAUACCAGACAACUUUACUUGGAAUCAAGAAGGUACAGAAUUUGCCCAUCAGCAUGUAUUCUUAAGUAACUAGAUGUCUUUGAUUUUGAACUCAUUACAUGGACAAGUUUUCCAUGCACUAGGCAGAGGUCAUUCCAGCAUCUGCCCUGUAAGCUUGUAAUUUCCUAUGCCAUGUAGUACAGAGAGCAUCACUGUAUAUGAUGAGAAGAAACACAGCAAAGAGGACUUAGGAGCAGUGCUGACAACCUGGAAUCGUGAUUACCUUGGUUUUUACUAGGGCUUCCCUAUACAUAUUUUGUUCAUGAGACUUGAUCAGAUCAAUGUUUGUCUCACAGUUGUAAGGACUCAACAACCUUCAUAGGACCUUAGAGCUAACUCCCUGUGGCAAGGUCUCUGCACUGUUGCAUUUGUCGGUGCAGCUAAGUGUAACAGGAGUUUGGAUAAAAACUGAGAUUCAUAUUGACUUGAAUACGCUCAGGACAAAAUCCCAUGUGCUGCUGGAUAUGGGCUUGCUUUAGCUGAAUUCCAUUGUAAAAGUUAGUUUACAUGAAGUUGGACGUACUUGCAAUUGCCAAGGCUUUUGGAAAGGAAUAGGAAGGGAAUUUGAAUUUAUCAAAUAGGCAUGUGAUCUGGUUCCAUAAAGGACUACUUUCUGUAAAAUGUUUAACGUUAAUACUGAGAUCUGCAAAACUGAAGAUACAUUUACAAAUGUAAGAUUCCCCUCACUGAAACGAACAGGCACAAUCCAUUCCGGUGCUCUGCAGCUGCUUCAGGCUAUAGAUGGGCAACACAGCAUUGUUUUGUACUUUCUGCUUUUUCAAGAUGUUUGUUCUUACCUGAACACAUUGGUGCUAAAUGGACAUGUGGAGUCUGGAGCACAAGUUCUGCAGCAAGUGGCAGAUUUUACGGCAAAGUCAGAAGCCAUGAAGUAUUGAUAGCAGCAGUGUGGCCUCUGGAUUUUUUUCACUACAGGACCAGUCUGCAUUUCUUAUGGGAAUGGAGUCCUACUGUUAAUACUGAAGUAAUGAAUAUGCUUAGAGGUUUGCAUUCAGAGCUGUAUAGCUUCUUGCUAGGGGUCUUUGCAUGUUCAUAGCUGUGUAUGUGUAGAAAGCACUGUGAAAUUAGGCCAUUAGCAUUUAUCUGUCCUGUCUGAUCUGAUAUCUCAGCUGUUUCAUAUAUUGGUUUAUAUAUUCUCAAGACAAAUAUGUUCAGCUUUGAGUAAACCAGCACAUUUUGCUUUGUCUGCACUUACUCUGUUUCCAAUUAUUCCAGCAAUGGAGCUGUUCCUUAAAAAUGGAGUUCUAUUUGAUUGUAUCCCAUUGAACUGAGAAAGAAGUGGGAGUGCCACAUAAAGAACCGAGUAAACUGAACAUUGGGCAGCUGGAUAUCUGCUCUGAAAAAAAUAAAGCAUUUGGGACAUUAUCAUGUAUCUGGGGCCAUUUGGAUUCAGCUCUGUAAUCCAUCUCAGUCUGAUCUUAACUACUGAGUGUCUCGGUCCCAUGUGAAAAACAGAAAUAACAGCAUUUCACAGGCUUCUAGGGAUGCCUGGAAUCUAAGAAUGAGUGACUCUGAAGUGACUUUGAGACUUACAAUUUUGAGACAUACAAUAAUGAGGCCUUGUAAUUGACAAAAAUUUAAUUUUAUUGUCCCGCGGAUAUGUGCAGCAAGUUUGAAGCAUGUCUAGAUGAAGUCGUUAUGUAUAAAAAUUUAUUUGAUUAAAGACAUGGUUUGGUCAAGCAGUUCUGGUACCUGGCCCUGUGUAUGGCAAGUAAUCUUUUUUACUUACUCUGUCAGAUCACAUUUGACCUUUCACAAGCCAAAUAAAAAUAGUAAAUGCC